AUGUUUGCUGUUGUUUUUUUGGCUAUUUAUACUGCCAAUUUAGCUGCUUUUAUGAUAACGAGAGAAGAAUUUCACGAAUUUUCAGGAUUGGAUGAUCAUAGAUUGGUUAGACCAUAUAGUCAUAAACCAAUGUUUAAAUUUGGUACGGUUCCGUUCACUCACACUGAUACAACAAUAAAAAAAUAUUUUAAAGAAAUGCAUAAUUAUAUGCAACAAUAUAAUAAAACUUUGGUUGCCGAUGGAAUCGAAGCUGUUUUAAACGGAGAUCUUGACGCCUUUAUAUAUGACGGGUCAGUUUUAGAUUAUUUAGCAUCACAAGAUGAAGAUUGUAAACUUGUAACAAUGGGUUCUUGGUAUGCAAUGACGGGUUAUGGUGUUGCAUUUACAAGAAAUUCAAAAUAUGUUGAUAUUUUCAAUAAAAGGCUCUUGGAUUUUAGAGAAAAUGGUGAUUUGGAAAGAUUAAGAAGAUAUUGGAUGACUGGAACAUGUAAACCUGGAAAACAAGAGCAUAAAUCAAGUGAUCCUUUAGCAUUAGAACAAUUUUUAUCAGCAUUUUUACUUUUAAUGUCUGGAAUACUUCUUUCGGCAUUAUUACUUUUUUUAGAAUAUUUAUAUUUUAAAUAUAUUCGAAAACAUUUAGCAAGAUCAGAUCAGGGAGGAAUUUGUGCUUUAAUUAGUUUAAGCAUGGGUAAAUCAUUAACUUUUCGUGGGGCUGUUUACGAAGCUCAAGAUAUAUUAAAACAUCAUCGUUGUAAAGAUCCAAUAUGUGACACACAUUUAUGGAAAGUUAAACACGAAUUAGAUUUAGCAAGAAUGAAAAUAAGACAAUUAUAUAAAGAAAUGGAAGCACACGGUAUAAAACCAAGUCGAAGACCUUACGAUCUUUCAUAUGCAAAAGAAAUAGCAGAAAUGGAAACUGUUCUGUGA